AUGUUGUUUCCUACAAAGCGUUUCAUGCUCUUUAUUUUUCUCGUCGCGUCGUUCGAGAAGUCAGUGUCGCAAAUAUCAAAUUUGCAAUGCGGCCAAACCUCACGUUUCAAACGCACGAUCUUGCGUAGUCCCGCGCAACCCUCGCCAACCUGUCAAUACACGAUCAGACGACAGAGCAAGCAUGUCUGCCAAUUACACAUACAAUUCCAAAAGUUUGAGCUACAACAGCCGAUAGUGGAUAGGGAAAUGAAUACCAUGAUUUGCAGCGAUUCCUUCACUGCCGGACGUUUUACUUUGUGUGGCGAGAACACAGGACAGCACCUUUACAUACCUUUCGAAGCCACAGUCGCCAUGUUGAACUUUAACAUACCUUCACGUUCGUCUCAGUCGAACUGGCAUUUAAUUGUUGAGCAAUUGGAAUGUCCACCUGCACCCAGUCACUUGGCUGAUGGCUUACCGCCCCUCCUUAGUGGCGUGCUGAAUGAUAUCUUUGAUUUGCGUAAUGUCUUCUCGAGAUUCAUAAAUGACUUGGAUUCGCUGGCGCCAGCAGGCUGUGAUCAAUACUACACGCAGCCCACGGGCCUAAUAAAGAGUUUCAAUUAUCGGGAUGGCCUCGGCACUUAUUACAUACCCAACUUGAAGUAUACGAUUUGCAUUAAACAAACAGCAGCGCUUCAAAAUAUUGAAUAUACCGUAAAGAAAUUUUCGCUGUCUUCGGAAUUACUCACAGAGUACUAUAACGAUGCUUGCCAUCCUAUUGUCUACACAGAGGGACGCCAAAGCGACUAUCUUAUGAUGCCGAAUGCCCACUUUGCUGAUAACGCCGCGUUCCAGCCAACAUAUUACUGCGGUCAAGGUCUGACAACUGGUCAAGUUCUGAUAGGCUCGGCCCCAUUUAUAAUGCAUUUCUCUAGUGACGGAGAAUGGGAUUCCAGGGAGACGGGUUUCGGCAUUGAGUAUCGCACUAAAGGCGCUAUUUAA